GCUCCUCGCCCAGGAAAAGAGGCAAAAAGAGAGAUCCCCAGCUGCCUUUCACCGCUCAAACAAAAUGGAAGCUCCACGCUGAUUGGCUGCUGCAACCCCAGGACCUUUAAUAAGCAAAACUGCUACUUUCUCCCCCUGGUUCCCGUCCUGUGCAAUGGACACAUUGUAACACCGCGGCUCGCCAGCCAGCGGGGCUCGGUGGGGCUGCGGGAACACACUGUAGCGGGGGGCCAGACACACAGCCAUUCAGCCCGUGCCCCGGGCUGCUCCCGGGCUGCCCCUGCCAGGCUCAGUGAGUGCCCCCAAACUUGUCCCACCUCUGUCCAUCUUGUUUAGAAACAGUUUGCGCUAAGGUAAACGCAGCCCGCAGAUUCCAAGGAAUUCCCUGCAUGCCCUUAAAGCGGGGGGGGGGCCCCCUCCCCAGGCUCGGUCGGCUCGGGAAAAUGCAUGGCCCUUUAUUUCGGGUGGGGAGGUGCCACGGCUCGGCGAGGCUGGGGGCUUCGCGGCGCGCUGCAGCUGCUGUGAAUGUGCCUUCGGUUGAGGGCGGUUAGCCAUUAGCCGAGCUCCAUAGUGGUGUAUUGUGGGAUGCCUGAGAAGCAAGCAGAAAGCACACACACAAUAUGUGUUGGCUCGCAAAAAAAGGAGGCAGGAGCCUUUCAAAAGCAGUGUAAUGUAACCAGCCGAAUGUGAAGAGGAGCUCGCCUUUCGCUGCAAGGAGACGAUCGGCCGCCUCACUCAAUGUCUUUCAAGGAGAUCAAGGCAGGGGAAAAAGCCAAGCACCCAGAAGACCAUGGCAAAAAACAGAGUUCAAGUUGGAUCAACGGAAUGGAGAACAGCACACAAGCCAGCACUUCUGUCGAGAAAAGAAAUCACCACUGGAGAAGUUAUAAAUUGAUUAUUGACCCAGCUCUGAAAAAAGGACAGCAUAAACUCUAUCGUUAUGAUGGGCAAAAUUUUAGCAUGCCUAACUCGGGAAUUGCUCCGGUGGAUUGUGUCAGAGAUCCCAGGAUAGGAAGAAUAUGGACCAAAACCAAGGAGUUGGAGCUUUCUGUUCCCAAAUUCAAGAUUGAUGAGUUUUACGUGGGGCCAGUGCCUCCCAAGCAGGUAACCUUUGCCAAGUUGAAUGACAACAUCCGUGAAAACUUUCUGACCGACAUGUGCAAGAAAUAUGGUGAAGUGGAAGAAGUAGAGAUUCUCUACAACCCCAAGAACAAGAAGCACCUGGGCAUUGCCAAAGUGAUCUUUGCCACAGUGAAGGGUGCCAGGGAAGCCGUCCAGCACCUGCACAACACAUCAGUCAUGGGCAACAUCAUCCAUGUGGAACUGGAUACAAAAGGUGAAACCCGUAUGCGGUUCUAUGAACUGCUGGUUAAUGGUCUUUACACUCCGCAGACCCUUCCUGUAGGCAAUGAGCAGGAUGUCUCGCCAACUGUGAAUGAAACUCAGCAGUUGACUGAUUCUGUAAAACGUCUGAAAGACAGUAACCUUUCUUCUGCGGGAUCAUCCAUUACCCCAAACAGUAGCACCCCGUUUUCCCAUGAUACAGCCUAUUCCAGCUGUCGGCAAGACACCCCAAAUUCGUAUAGCCAGUAUACCCCACAGUCCCAAGGAACCCCGCUCACCCCACGACUGGGGACUCCGUUUUCCCAAGAUUCAACCUAUUCCAGUCGUCAAACGACACCAGCUUACCAUUACGGACAGGACUCUGGGUAUAAACCCAGGAGACAUGAAACAAAAUUUACAGAUGCCUACAAUAGACGACCAGGACAUCACUAUGUCCAUAACUCAGCAGGUGUUUACAGAGGGUCAGAACAUCAGUUUAGCACGUUCAAGUCUCAUCAGCAAGAGCCAGUACAAUAUUCUCACACUCCUCCCUUGAGCCACUCGGGUUCUUCAAGUUAUAAAUCUGCCUUCUCUCCAUACCAAGCACCAGCUGUAUUUCCCCCAUCUGAUGAACAGCAGUAUCCCCAAACUUCCAGAGACGCUGAGUACCGGAGACCUGCACCACCUCCAGCUGAGAUCUUAAUAGAAGGUAGUGCUGCUACUAAUAUUGAUUUUGUUCCUGUGAAAGAAAAACAGGAGGAACUCCCAUCCCUGCCACAGUCAAACUGUCUUACCGAACAAAAUACAGCAUCCUUCUCUCAGACUCCAGAAAGGAGUGAGACGCCUGGCACCCCAACCAUGGAGUCUGAAAUGCAGCAUAACAGUUUAGACUCGAGGAUUGAGAUGCUCUUGAAAGAGCAGAGAACAAAGUUACCUUUUCUCAACGAACAUGAUUCGGACAAUGAGAUCCGAAUGGAAGGUAGCCCUAUCUCUUCCUCCUCCUCCCAGCUUUCUCCUAUCCCAUUGUAUGGCUCUAACUCUCAGCCCAGUUAUAGAGGUCAAACCCCAUCCUCACGUCCCUCCAGCACUGGCUUGGAGGACAUUAGUCCGACACCGUUACCAGAUUCUGAUGACGACGAGCCAAUCCCUGGGACAGCUACUCUGAGUCAGAAUUCAAGAGGAACGUCAGAGGCAAGUAUGACUCCUAUUGAUCAGCUGACUAGGACAUCCAAAGCUGAGACUUCUGAGACUAAAGAAAUGCUGCCUGGUGACCAGACGCCAACAUCAGAAAAAAUGGAUGAGGGUCAGCAUUCUUCAGGGGAGGACAUGGAAAUAUCUGACGAUGAAAUGAAUUCUGCACCAAUCACCAGUGCAGAAUGUGCCAAAACCAUUGUGGUGAACUCCUCUGUUAGCAACUCUGCUGUGAUGACUCAGUCGAUACCCAUGCCCCCACCAGGGUUCCCUCCACUUCCACCCCCACCCCCGCCCCAACCAGGCUUUCCAAUGCCGCCACCUCUACCACCACCACCUCCACCAACUCAUCCAGCUGUCACCGUCCCACCACCUCCGCUUCCUGCGCCACCUGGGGUCCCACCGCCUCAUAUCUUGCCUCCACUUCCUCCAUUCCAUCCUGGCAUGUUUCCCGUCAUGCAAGUGGAUAUGAUAAAUGUCCUGGGCAACCAGUGGGGCGGCAUGCCAAUGUCCUUUCAGAUGCAAACUCAGAUGCUGAGCCGCAUGAUGCAGGGGCAGAACACAUACCAGUACCCACCUUUUAUGGGAAGCCGGAUGCAGUUUGUGAAUCUCCCUCCCUACCGUCCCUUCUCGAUGGGGGCAGCUAUUGGCCGGGGGCAGCAAUGGCCGCCGCUGCCCAAGUUUGACCCCUCGGUCCCACCACCGGGUUAUGUGCCGAAGAAGGAGGAUCCGCACAAGGCUACUGUGGAUGGUGUCCUCAUGGUGAUUGUGAAGGAAUUAAAAGCAAUUAUGAAAAGGGACUUGAACCGGAAAAUGGUCGAGGUGGUAGCAUUCAGAGCCUUUGAUGACUGGUGGGACAAGAAAGAACGUCUAGCAAAGGCAUCGCUCACUCCAGUGAAGUCUGGCGAAAAUAAAGAUGAGGAAAAACCGAAGCCAAAGGAUCGAAUUACAUCCUGCCUCCUGGAGAACUGGAACAAAGGAGAAGGGCUAGGCUACGAGGGAAUUGGCUUGGGCAUUGGGUUACGAGGGGCCAUCCGGCUGCCAUCUUUCAAGGUGAAGAGAAAGGAGCCGCCUGAAGCUGCCUCAGCAGGAGAUCAGAAGAGAAUCAGGCCCUCCACGUCUGUGGACGAUGAAGAUGAAGAGUCAGAAAGGGACAGAGACAUGUCUGAUGUUACUUCAGACCUGUCUAAGAAGGAUGCAGAUGCAGUAGGCCUCCGAAGGAGACCAGCAAGACCAUUGGAGCUAGACAGUGAGGGGGAGGAAGGAGAUGAGACUUCAGGUAAAGAAGAAGAAUCCUGUUCUGAAAAGGAAGACGAGCAGGAGGAAGAGGGAGGAUUGGUGAAAGCAGCACCUGGCAAGGAGGAAGAUGAGGAGGAGGAGGAAGACGAAGAAGAGGAGGAAGAUGCUGACGAAGAGGAGGAAGAGGAUGAAGAUGAAGAAACGGGAGUAGAAACAAGUGAAAAGGAAGAUGAGCAGGACUCUGAAGAAGAAGAUGUAGUGAGUCCCACAUCUUCCAAAGCUGAAGCUGAAUCAUCUGAUGAAAGUGAGGACUCCUCAGAAUUUGAGUCGAGUUCUGACUCGGAGGAGGAGGAGGAAGAAGAGGAGGAGGAGGAAGAGGUGGCGGCUGAAGACCAAGAUAGAGAGGCCAUGGCUGCUGAAAUAGAGCUUGAGUCUGCUAGUCAUGAACUAGCAGAUGAAGAAAAAGAGACCAUCCUGGAGCUGUUUCCAGUGGAAGACUAUAUGGAAGCAACAAGCCUGGCACUAGAGGCCCCAGCUAUGGCUAUAAAAGAGGAAGAGAUGGAAGAAACCAAGCAACGGGAAGAUGAAAGUGGUGAAGUGCCAGAGGAAUCUACUGCUGCUGCUGAAGCUUUGAUGGUCACGGAGAGAGACCAGGAAGUAAAGCUAGUGCCGUCCCCUGUAUGCGUAGCAGUGGAAGAGUCCGAACUGGAUAUCGAGCUGGAACCUAAGGUAUUAGAGGGUCCAAAGCCUGAAUCUCAAGAUGAAGAGAAUCUCUGUCUCCCAGCACCAGUGGGGGUAUUUGAAGAACCUCUACCCAGUAAGAGCCACUUCUUCAGUAAGUCUGAUGAUAGUGACUUAGAAACCCGAGUUACAGGAAAACUACUAUCCGCAGCAGAGGAGGAGGAGAGACUGCCUUGGACUCCUGGACGGGACAUGGUGGUCCAUUCGGAUUCUGAUACUCCCAUACUUCCAGCUCAUAAGGUGCCACCCUCUACACUUCCCCUUCCAACAACGCCUAGUAAAGAGGAACCUUUACUCCCUCCAGAAAAUUUCCCUGAACAGUUAACUGUGACCAAAACAGCUCUGGAAGAGGAGCUUCCUAGGACUCCAGGGCGGGAUAUUAUGGCCAAGUCUUCACAUGGCUUUGCAAAGUCACAGAGUACAGACACUAUUCCAGCCACCCCUGGAAGUGAUGCUCCCCUUACGGGAAGCAGCUUGACUUUAAGUUCCCCUCAAGUCCCAGGCAGCCCUUUUUCAUACCCAUCCCAAUCUCCUGGGAUUAAUAGUGGCAUUCCUCGGACUCCUGGGAGGGAUUUUAAUUUCACGCCUACUUUCCCAGAGCCUGGUGCAAUCCUUCCUUGCCUUUUGUCUGGCAAGAAACCAUCAGAAGAUGAGCCAGAGGAGAAAUGUUUUAAAGAACCUCUUAGUGCUUCCCGAACAGUCAGCAUGAACAGUGUUCCCUCCCCAAUUCCCUUUGCUAGCCCUCCAGAAACUGAUUUCCACACAGACAUAGAUUUGCCACCUGACGAGCCAGUAUCUGUAGCAGCCCUGCCAUGUGUGCCAGUGGAUAGAAAGACAUCCAUAGAGGAGAACAAGGUAGCCGUGAAAUCCGUUUUGCUCUCCCCAGAAGCACCUACUGUGUCUCUUCCUUUCCCUCUUCCUCCUACUCCUUCCUCUCUGCCCACCAAAAGGAAACCAGGCCGGCCGAAACGAUCACCUCCUUCGGUCCUCUCGUUGGAGGCCUAUCCCAGCAAAACUUCAGAAUCUCCUCCUGUCCCAGUUGCCUUGACAGAAAGUGCUGUGAGCAAAGAGUUGUUGGGUGGGCAUCCUGGUGCUUUUUAUGGACUGAAAGACCCUGAAGCGGUCACCCUAGACUUCAGGAAUGACAGCUUCCACGAGAAGGUAACCCCGGAGGCCAUAGCAGAGAAACUUCCGUUUAAGGAACUAGAGAAUCAGUGGAAUGAGGACUUCAAAGAAGAGGAGAUUCACGUGAAACCUAAAAGACAGUGGCGGAGGCAGAAAAAGACACCUGAAGACAUCCCAGUGAUUCCUUCCCCUGAAUAUUCUCCACAUCGGCCCCACUUUAGGCCCCGCUCCGAGUUUGAGGAGAUGACCAUUUUGUAUGAUAUCUGGAAUGGAGGAAUAGAUGAGGAAGAUAUCAAGUUCAUGUGUAUCACGUAUGAUCGCUUGUUACAGCAAGAUAAUGGUAUGGACUGGCUCAACGAUACCCUUUGGGUAUACCAUCCUUCUACUAGCUUUUCUACCCCGAAGAAGAAGAAGCGGGAUGAUGGCAUGCGGGAACAUGUUACAGGUUGUGCACGAAGUGAAGGCUAUUACAAAAUUGAUAAGAAGGACAAACUUAAAUACCUCAACAACAGUCGUGCAUUUGCAGAGGAGCCGCCAGCUGAUACACAAGGAAUGAGCAUCCCUGCCCAACCUCAUGCUUCCACCCGGGCUGGCUCUGAGAGGAGGUCAGAGCAACGCAGGCUUCUCUCAUCCUUCACUGGUAGCUGUGACAGCGACCUACUCAAAUUUAACCAACUCAAGUUCCGGAAGAAAAAGCUAAAAUUCUGCAAGAGUCACAUUCAUGACUGGGGCCUUUUUGCUAUGGAGCCCAUUGCAGCUGACGAGAUGGUGAUUGAAUAUGUGGGUCAGAACAUCAGACAGGUCAUUGCAGACAUGCGAGAGAAGCGAUACGAGGAUGAAGGCAUUGGGAGCAGUUACAUGUUCAGGGUCGACCAUGACACCAUCAUUGAUGCAACAAAAUGUGGAAACUUUGCCAGGUUCAUUAAUCAUAGCUGCAAUCCAAAUUGUUACGCUAAAGUCGUCACCGUGGAGUCUCAGAAGAAGAUUGUCAUCUACUCGAAGCAGCACAUCAGCGUGAAUGAGGAAAUUACCUAUGACUACAAGUUUCCGAUCGAGGAUGUAAAGAUCCCGUGUCUGUGCGGCUCUGAGAACUGCAGGGGGACCCUGAACUAAUCCCGAGGCUUCUCGUCACACUUGCACCUUCGGCCAUGUCAGAACUGCAGUAACCAGGUGUGGUUGCACUUUGCCAAAAAAAAAAAAAAGAGAGAGAGAGAGAGAGAAGAAAACCAAGCAAGUUUCGCACUUCUGUCAGGAUCACAAGUGAAAGCAAAAAGCGCACAUGCAUAACUAGGACUGUUCACGUUUCAGGUGCUCUUCCUCGUCAGAUCCAACACACACAAAAGGUGAUUACCACUUUGUGGCGUAGUAUAUCCAAACACUAGCUUCUCUCUGUUCAGUCUCUAUUUUAUUGCUCAUCGUACGAUAAUGGUACCUUUGUUGUUGUUGUUGUUUUUGUUGUAAACCUUUGUCUUUCUAUAAAUGCUGCUACCUUUUUUUCUCAUCAGUUUGUUGUUUGAAAAAGACAUUCAACGUUUAAAUGUGAAGCAGAGACUGAAAAUGUCAUAAAGGUUUGUUGGGAGCUUGAUUGGCUGAAAUUGCACAGACUUUUCAGAGUAAGCUGUAAAUAAAUGUAUGGUUGAUGUUACAGAGCAAGCCAGAGGCUUGGAUGCAAGAGUGUGAGUGUGUAUGUGUAUGCUUGGGUGUGUCUCAAGUGAGACUAUAAAUGAACUGUCCUGCCUUUUCCUUAGAGAUGGGCCUGAUCAAUUCCUCUGACCCAAACAUCCUGGAAUGCUGGGGAACAUUCAGCUCUGUAAUGGGCCUGAAUGUAACGCCUUAGGCUCACCUCUAAUUUUCACAUGCCAUGCUGGUAUUUUGGGGGGAUCAAUAGCUCUGUUACCAUACAGGAAAAAUAUUUAAUACCACAAUCUGUAUAAUUAAUAAGUUUGAUCAGUUACUUAGUCCUUACUCGCGAAAGGUGGCUUGAGAUAUGGCCUUUUCUGUAUCUACAUUUCUGGUGGAUCUGUUCCUCUUUCAUUCAAAAUACUGAGGCUGAAAUUAAAUGAUCAGUACAGACAUUGUUUAUGCUGUAGAAAUCUUACUGUCUUUUAGGCAUACACUACCAGAACAAUCCAUGGAAGAUGGCGCUGAGAUUUCUUUCCCUAUAAGAAACCAACUGCUGGGUUUCUUUUGUUGUUUAUUUCCAACUUUGCCUCUUGACACGCACCCUUCCCUCCCCCCCCCCCCCCCCCCCCCCCCACGACUUUUCGUUCAGACUGUUUGCUCUGCACUUGUAUGGGCGAGAUUCUUGUUCUACUGCUGAAGGGCUAUAUUCUGCCACUCUCACUCACACUGAGCAGUACCUGAAAUUAGUCCCAUUCAUUUCAAUAGGACUAAUUAAGGAGUAAGGCACUGCUCUAAGUGCAUGAGGGUAUCAGAGUCUGUCCCAAACUGUACAGUAUGAAAAUUGGGUUUUAAAAAAGUUUAACUUCCAAAUAAAAACAUUUAUUUUCCUUUUAGAAAAUAUUUGAUCACUGUAAGUGUACGUUGUAAUGAAAUCCUCAGUUUUGUACUAGGGGUUCCAUUUCAAAUGAGCCAGAAUCCCAUGCAAGUAUUUCUUUUGAACUGAAAUAUUAUUUGGCCACUUGAAGGUAAGCAGAUCAGUCUUUCAAACCGUAUUCUAUUCCUCCUGCUUACAAGUGGAACUUAAUUGUAUUAAGCCAUUUUAAAAAAAAAAAAACACUUUGUAGAGGGAAAAUCUUACUGUUAUCACAGUAACUAAAAAUCUUUUCCCUUUAGAGUAAAUUGGACAACUGAGUUCCAUACUCUCUUCUGUCUAGUGACGAUUACUGCCUGAUCAUGCUUCAGUGAUCAGAAGUUGGAAUCUUAGAAAUGAGUUUUUUAGAAGUUAUUUAUACUGCAUAUGUAUUUGCCAGGACUGUAUUACAGUAUGUAAUAUGGGGUAGACUUCUAUAUUUCAUUUCUGUUUCAAGCAAAAGGCCUAGAGGACCUGGACUGAUACAAGCUGCCUUAAUAUUAUUUGCAUUUCUAGCUGAGGAUAGUUACAUUGUCCCUGAGAUUGGACAUGCAAUAGUCUCUCCUUUUAUUUAUUUUGUUUUUGUUUUGUUGGUCCCCCCCACCCCAGUAAAUGCUUUCUGAAAAUCUCCUCAACAGUGGGUAUUUGUGACCCAAAGACAUACAUUUAUUAGAAGCACAAGUGGUUUCUGUCUUUGAGAGCUGGUUAUAACUACAGCUGCAUUGGGAGCGUUUUGAAAUUAAGCCAACUGCUCCUUUAUUUGUUUUAAUAUGAUUCUUCCUUUCAUACUGUCUCUCCAGUUGGCAUGUCUAAGGCUUUGGGGGCUGCACUAAAGCCUUGUGUUUCAAAACUAAAGUUCUAAACCAUAUUAAUGUCUCUGCCUUCUUCCUUUCCAUCCCUUCAAACUACUGUAUCAACAUUGGUUUCUUACAAAUACAUGGUCCAGUCUACAUGUACAAUAUGUUUCCUAUGACACUGAUGACCCCAGUGGAUUGUGAGGGAUGAUAGGGUGGCCACAUGCAAUUGCCUUUUUCUUUAUUAUGGAGAAGCAGCCUAUAGAGACUCUGGCCAAGAUUAAAAAAAUGAGACUAAUAUUAGUUUCCUAGGGUGAAAUUUUCAGAAGUGCCGAAGUACCAUUAGCUUCUAAGUCACUCUGGCACUUUUGGAAAUGUUAUCCCUAUUUAGGCUCUUAAAUAACUACCCUGACUUUUCCAAAGUGUUCAGCAGCCAGCCGCUUCCAUGGGAGCAGCUGAGUGCUCAGCACUUUUGAAAAAACAGGUUACGUAUUUCAGAGUCUAAAUAUGAGCUUAGAAGCCUGACUUCAUGCUUCUUUGUGUGUGUGUGUGUGUGUGUUUGUUUCCCUUCAGAAUCUGGGCUUGCAGGGCCCAGUAUGCAGAGCUUCCAUCUUGAAUUGAGCAGCCUCUGAGUGGGCCAGGAUGGAGUAUUUGAUGGUGGGACUUGUAGUCUCCAAAGGAUGUCUCAGCUGACAUUAAAUGAGUGGCAGCAAUGGCCUCCAUUUUAUGCAUACUCGUUUUGGCCGCCUCAUUCCUGGCAAGUCACCCACGUGGUCUUGGUUGGGCAAUGUCUGGGCACUCUGCAGAUACAAAUACGUAUGUGGGCCGCUGUACCAGUUACACAUUCAUGACUCUUCCUAGUUAUGAAGGCUGGUACCCUACAAACCUGAGAUUGAUGAGCAAAAUGGAGGGACCAUAGUGUGUGAUAUAUAGACAUCAGCCCAAGGCUGGCAGAGCCUUAUGCUGUGCUAAAUUGGGUGUUGCCAUAGCCAUUAAAAGCUGAUUGUAAUGUGGGACGUUUUCAAGGGGGGGAGAACUACUAAAAUCAAAUCUUGCCAGGCAUUCUUUUUUGGAGGGGUAUUUACAGACGUAUUUUUCUUCAUUGAAGACCAUAUCCUUAAUUCUGCUUGGGCUUACAUUAACAACAAACAAAGAGAUUGAAUGUGUUCACUGUUAAAUUUUAUCCCCUGAAACUGAAUCACUUUAAUGUGUCUGCUACGUGAAACAAUCCCAGAAAAUAACACAAAAGUUGUGGAAAUGUAGUUGCAAGUUCUAUUGUCCCCAAGCACGAAUGAGCUGGCUUUAAUUAUGUUUGUAAAUGCCUUAGAAAUUGGCAUACAUAGUAAGUGCCCUCUCUGCUUGAAAAACCUGCAUGUCCUGUCUGCCCUGUUCAUUUAUCUGUCAGUUUCACACCAAUAUUUUCCAAUUCCAGAACUAUGUUGGGUCCCAUAAGUAAUCUGUAACUAUCAAGGGGUGGGAAGGGGCUCAUCUUGCAGAUAUUUAUAUUGUACAGAACAUCUUAUUUCUACCAGAAAAACAUUUUUAAACUCUGACAAUGUAGACAGUAGAUUCAGUUCUGGUUUUUGUGACCUUUUUCAGGGAUCAUUUCAGUGCAUUUCUAUAUAAAAUAAAAAUUUAAGGAAAAAAGGAUUUUGAAGUUUAAAAAAAUGCAUCUUCUGUACAUAGGCAAACUUAAGAAUCUUCUCUUCAGACACUGUUUCUUGUAGAAACAUGUUGAAUUUUUUUGCUGAUUUCUUUGUACUUCAAGAGCAUGUAAAUAAUUUAUUAAAAGUGGCUAUUGUAAUUUGGAGUUCUUUUUAAAAAGAAGAUUCCAGCUCUAACUCGUGUCAGGAUGACGGGGGAGGGAGAAGGAAUGCUUAUAGAAAAGGAGCUGGUGGCAUUUACAGCUUGUGUCAAGCUUUGUAUAAUGUAAAUUCUGUAUAAAUAUUUUUUUUUUGGUCAAAUAAGUAGACGAAAUUAGAAGCAUUAAGAAACUGAAGACAAAAGAAUGCCAAGUGGAGGCUUUGUUUUUGUUUUUCUUUGCCAGUCUGAAACCUAAUGUGCAAAAUCUAUUUAUUUCAAGUGAGGAAAUAUGUACAGUCUAUUAAUAGACAACCUAAAAUAUAUUUAAGCAAAUCUGCAUCUGGAUUUUUUCAAUUUAAUGUGUUUUUUUUAUAAAUUUCCUCUUUAAUUGCAAUUGUAAUAUUUGUACAAGUGAAAAGAAACACAUUGUAAAGGACACUCUAAUCCAAUGGGCAGUUUUAAAAACAAAACCUAAAAAGCUGCCCUCAUUCCUUGCUGUUUCAUGGGUUCUGUAAACAGGUUGUUUUAAUUCACAGUGUGAAGGUUAAGGGCCUCCUUUAAAAGGAGGCAGGUAAAAUGGUUUGCAAUAAAUGAAAAUUCUGCUUUUUUUUUUUUUUUUUUUUUAAGUUCUCUUUAAAAAAAUCUCUGCUUUGAAGAUUUAGGAUUUCUGCUUUCGCUUUUGUUAAGCAAAUUUAUAAAUUUAGGGAUGUUUUGUGCAUAUAGAUUCUGUCAUCAGUAUGUAUCUUGUUUUGAAGAAAGUGUUUUGUUGUGGAUGUGUCAUGCUGUAUAUAUUUGUUCAUAUUUUUGUGAAUUGAAUACUAUGUACCAUUGUAUUAUAGUAACUUUUAUAAAGCAAACCGUAAAUAUACUGACUUUUCUUACAGAAAAAAACACUAUGUUGUGCUUAUUAUUCUAUUACAGUAGCAUCUAGAGGCCUCUGAGAUUGGGGACCCCAUUGUGCUAGGCCUUGUAUGGACGCACAAUAAGAGACUGUCCCUAUCCUGAAGAGCUACAUUUUAUUAACAUACCCAUGUGAAUCUCAUUGCAGGAUCAGGGCCUACAAACAUAGAGCCUGAUUCUGUCACACUUUGUCACGUGAGUAACCCUGUUGACUUCAGUGUGACUGUUUGCAUGGGUAAGGAUCACUUACUUGAAUAAGAGUUGUGGGAUUGGGCUCAUACUUUGCACAGCUAUAGCUCUUCUUAUCUCAGGAUCCCAAAACGCACUAAUUGAAACAUCGAUUCAGAGAUUUUAAGGGACCGUUAUGAUCAUCUAGCCUGCAUACGUCUCAACAUCCCAUAGAGAUACUGUUGGAGGCUGAGUUUGUAUUAUCGGUCUGUGACUCUUUAUGCCGUAAGGUUGGCAGGGAGCUAAGAGCUUUUAGUUCGGGUGUUUUUUUUUUUAAUUGUGCUAAAUCUGUAAUGAACUUGGUCUACUUUUUACAGUAGAGGGAAACAGAUACAAAAUUAAGAGUCUUGCCCAAGGUCACUGCCAUGGGAUGUAUGUACCCCAUGUUAGCCCAGCAAGCGAAGGGUUAAUACAAGCCCUGCCAGCUACUGCUGAUUGGCAGUCUAGCAGCAGCUGGGAGGAUAAAAGGGCUGGGAAGCAAAAGGGAGGGGCUGCUACAGAGUAAGUGAGAAGGGAACUCCAGUCAGUGGACUGCUAGAGAGCCACUAGGGACAACACCCAGCAAGGGGCAAACAAACCCACAGAGGGAAGAGCCUGCAGAGGCCCGAGGGAAGGUAGGAAGGAGCUCCGGGCAUUGUCCAGGUCAGCACCCCUGACUCUCCUUAUGUAGCUUGAGGGCCCGGAGCUGGAACCCAAUGGAGUGGGCAGGCCUGGGAUCCCCUACCAGCCCCCUGGGGGUUUCCAGAUUCCUGGACCCCAGGGGUAGACUGACAGCUCCACUGGGCUGAGGGAACCAGAGCCAUGCACCCCCUGCCCCCGUUUGGCCACAGGGGCCACCGCCUCAGCCCUACAUCAAGAAAGUGGCAGACCUGAAGAUAAAACCCUGGACUGCUUUACUCUCAGCCCCUUGUUUGGCCAUUAAAGCACCACCCCCUCUAUUAAUUAUUUGCAGUAUUGUGGCAGUGCCCAAAUGUGCUAGGCUUCUGUCUGUAGGAAGAGACGGUCCCUGCCUCAGAGAACUUACAAUUGAAACAGAUGAAAAAACAAGCCCAGCGUGGCAGAAAAGGAGGCCAUGAACUAGGGUUUGCAGUAGCAAAUUUCAUCACUUGGGUGAGAUGCCGUUUCUAUUUAUACCUCCCGCCCCACGUUCUGCAGGUGAUGAGAAUGGCCUGGAUUUUCAAAAGCUCCUGUGGGAGAAACUGGGAGCUUAAGUGGCCAAAAAGGUUUUCUAAGGUUCCUAGGGCUGCACAAGACCAUUUCAGAAGCAGCCUGGUGCUUGGGCCCAAGGGCCGAAUUGGACCUAAGGGCGUGGUUCUGGGGGGGGGGGGGGUUUAACUUGAUGGGCUUGUGGAUUUGCAAAGUUGUGCGAAGUCGUCCCUCCCCCGGUGAUGUGCUUCUGAGAUAGUCGUAGGGAGGCACAACGUGACAUCUGUCUGCCCAUCGUCUGUGUUCCCCUUGGGGUCCGUGUUCUCCUGCACAUGCUCCACUCUCCAUAACUACCAAGUUGUGUGCCGCUCCCUGGGUGACCUUUCUCAAUCACUAGUUGCUCCUCAUUCUAAGCAAUUGGGGCAGGGAGGAAGGUACGAAUCUCCCCAGACCAGUGGCAGAGGGAGGCAGGACCCUAUCUCCACACAACCACCUCUCCCUUUCCCACCCUGGAUCCAAUGCUUGCCCUGCUCCAACUGCUUUGGGUCCCCUCAGAAUUCUGCCUCAGUGAGGAAGGGCUGGCCUAGCCUGUCCCAGCCUGCCCCAAGGUAUAUUUGCAGGGAAAGGAGUGGGCUUUUUCCAUUCCUCCCCCACCCCUUCUUGUAGAAAAAUGUGUUGUCCUAGCCUGUUGGCCCUCCUCUCCAGCCGCUCCCCACAGCACACACGCCCUCCUGAGAGGGGAAGGGCAGGAGGCUCUGCUAGAGCUGCCCUCUGACUGGGGUGAGGGGGAAAAGAAGUGCAAGACACUUCCCUUAAAGGUAAGGUGGGGGAGGGGACAGUGACUGAUACAGGAGAGAGAGAGCCACAAGAAAUUGGACAGGAGAUGCAAAAAAAGGGGAGGACUCCCCCCCAUGGUUGGGAAGAGAAGCAGUUCCCCCAGGCAGUCAAUUAUCUAACCGCCAGUCAAUUGAGAUCUGCCCCCCCCGCCCCCAAGUCUCUAAUAACCUCCCUCUUUGCCCCUCAGGCCACUUGUUUUUCAUCUGCCCAUUCACCCCCUUUGGUGGGUCGCUUUCCCUCCCUGCCUCCUUCCAGCUGUCUCCGUCCUCCUGUUCUCAGCUAUUUAUGCAAACCUUUUUUUUUUUUUGGCAAAUCCUGCAGUUUGGGGCUAAAUGCUGGGAAUUUGGGAGCUGCAGGUUCUUGUUGACAAUGGUGAUAGAAGUGUGUGCGUACUUGGUUCCAGUUCCAACUAACCUCUCUCUUGCCCAGCAGGGGCCUGAGCCUGGAAUCCUCUCCAGUGACUCUUCCUGGCCAAUUCUCUGGUGCCAGCCCACAGGGCAGGAAGAACACGUCUCCCCCGUGUCAAUGCUCCUUUUGCGGGUUGUUGUGGGGGAAGGCAGAGCCAAACGUAACACAUUAUGUGGGCAGUGGGGACUGACUGGGGGAAAGCAGUGACAGAACUGUGGCCACAUCGUAUAAUGAUCCAUUUUAUUUCCAGGUCAGGUGCUCGCAGAUGGAAUUGGUUGGCAUUUGUGUUGUUGUAACAAUAGGGUCUCCUGUCCCUUGAGUUUCUUCCACCAAUGCUAUGGCACCAAUUCUCUGCUGGCAUAGAUGGACACAACACCACUGAACUCAAUAGAGUUGUGUCAGUUGACGGCAGGGCUGAAUUUGGCCCUCUCUGUAAUGAGAUGUUGGGCAAUGUAAA